AUGGCGGACUGGGGGCCGGUGGUGGUGGCGGUGCUGCUGUUCGUGCUGUUGUCGCCGGGGCUGCUGUUCCAGCUGCCGGGAAAGGGGAGGGUAGUGGAGUUCGUCAACAUGCAGACGAGCGGCAUCUCCAUCCUCGUCCACGCCGUCCUCUUCUUCGCCCUCCUCACCAUCUUCCUCAUCGUCGUCGGAGUCCACAUCUACACCGGCUGACACACUACUUCUGCUGCAACCGCCUGCCUUCUUCCUGUCUUCCUUGUUGCAUAUCUCCCCUGAUGGACGCUUAAGCAUUACAAUUAAGUUUCCGCCAGCGGCAGUUCCUAUGUCCUUUUCUCUACUGUUGUUGUUGCUGUUAUUCGUUUGGUAUAUGUCAUUUCUGUUUGUGAAAAUGUUAUUGCCGUUUAUUUUGGGAUAUAUUA